AAUGUGCUAACUUUUUUAGUUUCGCCAAAAUCCAUCACUGUUAAGCGCUCUCUCUCUCUCUCUCUCUCUCUCUCUCUCUCUUACUCGCUGAGUUGAGUCUCUCUCUUUCUCUGCUCUGCUUUCCUUCCCAAUCUCCCAAACCCUUUGAAAUUUUCAUCUUCACCUUCAAAACCCCACCUUUAUUCUCUGCCCUAACCUGGGUUUUUCAGGGCUCGGCAUAAUGCGAAUCAACACCGCACGUCGCUCCCGCUGUGCCUACGAACAGGUAAUAAGUCGUUGGUGACCACCUCACCAUUGGCAAAAAAUGUCCCUUCUCAGUAGAUUCUUUUACAAAAGACCCCCAGAUGGCUUGCUUGAAUUUGUGGACAGAGUAUAUGUUUUCGAUUCAUGUUUCUCCACGGAAGUAUUGCCUGAGGAAAUGUACCAAAUAUAUCUACAUGAAAUCAUUACUGAAUUACAUGAAGAAUUUCAUGACUCAUCCUUCCUUGCAUUCAAUUUCCGUGAGGGUGAAAAGAGGAGUCGGUUUGCAGAAAUACUAUGUGAUUACGAUGUUACAGUUAUGGAUUAUCCACGGCAGUAUGAGGGUUGCCCCCUGCUCCCUUUAUCUUUGAUUCAACAUUUUCUUCGUGUUUGUGAGAGUUGGCUUUUACUUGGCAAUCAACAGAAUAUUAUUCUUCUUCAUUGUGAGAGGGGUGGCUGGCCACUUUUGGCAUUCCUUUUGGCUAGCUUUUUGAUUUUUAGAAAAAUUCAUAGUGGUGAACGCAAGACUCUUGAAAUUGUGCAUCGAGAAGCUCCUAAAGGCUUCUUGAACCUCUUGUCACCUUUAAAUCCAUUGCCAUCUCAGCUUCGUUACCUUCAAUAUGUGGCAAGAAGAAACAUAGUGCCUGAGUGGCCACCCCCUGAGCGAGCACUUUCUUUAGAUUGUGUCAUUCUUCGCGCCAUUCCUAGCUUUGACUCCCAAAACGGUUGUAGGCCAAUUAUUCGUAUUUUUGGUAGAAAUCUCCUUAGCAAGGGUGGUCUUACAACUCAGAUGCUAUUUUCCAUGUCCAAGAAGAAGACACUUAGACACUACCGUCAAGCAGACUGUGAUGUGAUCAAACUUGACAUUCAGUGUUUGGUGCAAGGAGAUGUUGUAUUGGAGUGUGUCCAUUUGGACUUGGAUCCAGAAAGGGAAGUUAUGAUGUUCCGUGUAAUGUUCAACACUGCAUUUAUUCGUUCUAACAUAUUGAUUCUGAACUCUGAUAACUUGGACAUUCUUUGGGAUUCGAAGGAGCGCUAUCCAAAAAGUUUUCGAGCAGAGGUACUAUUUGGUGAGGUCGAGAGCAUCUCCCCACCAAGAGCUCCUACUACAAUUUUAAAUGGUGAGGAAAAAGGUGGAUUACCUAUUGAAGCUUUCUCAAGGGUUCAAGAACUAUUUAGCGGUGUUGAUUGGGUUGAUAACAGUGAUGAUGCAGCCUUGUGGUUACUUAAACAACUCUCUGUCCUAAGCGAUGCAAAAGAACUGUCAAGGUUUCACAAUAGAGUUAGCUUAUAUUCGUCACCUGCAGACUCAGAAGAUGAAAACAAUGCCUCGAGUACGGCUGAUAGUGCAGAUGAAGCAUUUGAUCUUAUUUCCAAGGCUUCAUUAGAUUCAACCAAACCAUUGAUACCAGAUAUGGUUGAUUCAGCUCCUUUAUCUAUAGAUAAUGAUGGUCAGCAUGAGGGAAAUCUUGCUUCAGAAUCUCCUGAUCAAGUUGGGUCAUCUCUUCAUCUACAAUCAUCAAUUCCAAGUGAAGGAUCUCUACCUUGUUCAUCUCCUGCACCAACUUCUGCCUCUCCCCCACCGCCACCACCUCCACCACCAUCUGAAGUUGCUAGUAGAGGGCCUCCACUGCCUCCACCUCCUCCACCCUCUUUUGCUGCUAGUAGAGGGCCUCCACCGCCUCCACCACCUCCACCACCUCCACCACCUAGCAUCUCUAGUGAAGAUUAUCUAAAACCUAUACCUUCCAUAACUAAUAGGACUCUACCACCGCCACCGCCACCGCCACCACCACCACCACCACCACCACCACCUCCUCCUCCUCCUCCUCCUCCUCCUCCUCCUCCUGGUGUUUUAAGUAAAGAAACUAUACCACCUGUCACUCCUAGUAGAGGCCCUCCACCACCACCUCCUCCUCCUCCACCUCCUUCUAAUUCAUCUAAAGCCAUCCCACCAGCUCCAUCACUUCCCACUUCUAAACAUAGUCAACAAUCUUUACCACCACCGCCGCCUCCACCACCACCACCCUUGGGAAAUGCAACUAACAAGAUACAGCCACUACCUACACCUGCCCCACCACCACCUCCACCACCACCACCACCCACCUCUAGUUCAAGUCGUGGGGCACCACCUCCUCCACCUCCACCUCCUAUCAGUCAUAAUUCUAUUAAUACCACUAGGCCACCACCUCCACCUCCACCUCCACCUCCUUCAGGAAUCGCAAGGUCAACCCCUCCGCCUCCGCCUCCGCCUCCAGCACCAAAACUCCCCGGUGCUCCUCCUGCUCCUCCACUGCCCAGUCGUGCUGUUGCACCAGCUCCACCCCCACCGCCUGGGGGAAGGGGACCUAGUGCACCACCACCACCAUCUAUUGGAAGGGGCAAAGCUUCUUCUGGGCCAAGCCAGGGAAAAGGUCGAGGUGCUGGUGGUACUAUUAAUGCCCCUAAAAAAGCUUCAUUAAAGCCCUUGCAUUGGGUGAAAGUUACUCGAGCAAUGCAAGGGAGUUUAUGGGCUGACUCUCAGAAACAAGACAAUCAAUCAAGGGCUCCUGAAAUAGAUAUAUCAGAGCUUGAAAGUCUGUUCUCAGCAGCAUCUGCUUCAGAUGGGGCUGCAGGUAAGAGUGGAGGUCGACGUGGUGCUAACAUUAACAAACCAGAAAAAGUGCAAUUGGUUGACUUGCGCAGAGCUUAUAAUUGUGAAAUUAUGCUCUCAAAGAUAAAAGUUCCUUUGCCAGAAGUGAUAAGUGCAGUUCUGGCCUUGGAUUCUUCUGCUUUGGACAUUGAUCAGGUUGAGAAUCUCAUUAAAUUCUGUCCUACAAAGGAAGAAAUGGAAACACUGAAGAAUUAUACAGGUAGCAAGGAAAUGCUUGGAAAGUGUGAACAGUUUUUCUUGGAGCUUAUGAAGGUCCCGCGAGUAGAAUCCAAGUUGCGAGUGUUUGCUUUCAAAAUUACCUUUUCUAGUCAGGUGAAUGAUUUACGAAAUAAUUUAAAUACAAUUAAUGCUGCUGCUAGAGAGGUAAAAGAAUCAGCGAAGUUGCGUCAGGUAAUGCAGACCAUUCUUACUUUGGGUAAUGCCUUGAAUCAAGGCACAGCACGAGGAUCUGCUAUUGGAUUCAAAUUGGACAGCCUUCUUAAAUUGUCUGACACUCGUGCAAGAAACAACAAAAUGACUUUAAUGCAUUAUUUGUGCAAGCUCCUUGCUGAGAAAAUGCCAGAGUUGUUGGAUUUUGAUAAGGAUCUUGUUCACUUGGAAGCUGCCUCUAAGAUUCAAUUGAAAGCUUUGGCUGAAGAAAUGCAAGCUGUGAGCAAAGGUCUUGAGAAGGUUGAGCAAGAACUCGCUGCUUCAGAAAAUGAUGGUGCAAUCUCUGUGGGCUUCCAAAAAGUGCUGAAGAAUUUUCUAGAUACUGCUGAAGCUGAAGUAAGGUUGCUAAUCUCCUUGUAUUCUGAAGUGGGAAGAAAUGCAGAUUCUUUGUCCCAGUACUUUGGGGAGGAUCCAGCCCGGUGUCCUUUUGAGCAAGUGACACAAAUCUUGGUCGUCUUCGUGAAGAUGUUCAAUAAGUCAAGAGAUGAGAAUGAAAAGUUGGCAGAUGCUGAGAAAAAGAAACUAGAAAAGGAAGCCAUGAAAGAGCGGACUGCAGCUAAUUCUGCUGGUAGGAAAAUGGAAUUUGAUAGUGGCAUGAAACCCACAUAAUUUUCAGCAGAUAAGGAUGGAUUAGCUAUCAUUUUGUUAAUAUACGCCCAAGCACAAUUUGGGCAAGGUUUUAACUGCAAGGUGCACUCAUUCGAGCAGAAUGCAACCCUUGAAGAUCAAAAUGCUAAGGAGUUCGAGCAAUGCUCAUGUUGUCAACCUGGCUGGGUUUCUGAUUUUCACAAAAUUGUUUUACAGAUCCAGAUGAGUCUCCCAACUGCAAAAGAAUGCAGCUUGAUUGUUGGUUGACAUCUUCUGUAUGGUGCUGGCUCUCUUCCAACUGGAUCAGUGAUGCAUGUAACAUAUAUAGUCUAAAAUGUAUUGUAGAUGUGAAUAAUAUAAGAGGAACAGUAUUUACAGCUCUUCACCUUCGGGGGCAACAUUUGUAUUAUUCAUAUUUAUGUAAAGAAUCACAAUUUUGCAGCGUUUGGUGCUUACCUUGCUGAUUAUUAAUGAUAUUGAUCUUCGAACAA